AUGGGAAACUCGGCAAGUUACCUCUCCAGCCCCAAAAGUGUCUUGCGUGAUUCGCAGGACUUCGUGUCAAAGAUAGACUUCCCCAGCAGUCUAGGACCUUCGAAGGACAUCGACUCUCUAGCACUUGAAAGCAAGGGACCUUCUUUGAAGCGUAAAUUCGACCUCGGUGACCUGGUCACCCCUCGAAAGCGACGUCUUCUCGAAUCUUAUUCCACGGGCGACAUAUGUCAAGUUGCUACGCUAUAUUCCGAUGCUACGCCAAAGAUAAUUCGCCACAACACUGAUUUAAUCAGCCCUACAAUGAAUCGCUUGUUCAGGGAAGCGUCUGACAUUUUCUUACAGCGUAAAGCGGAGGCUCAACUAGAUCCCUUUGCCCUCCAACGUGUAACAUCUCAUAAACCGUGCAAGACCAAGACGUUCAUUUGGUCCCUACCCGUGGAAAUCCUCAUCGCUACCGUCGCCCUUCUAGGAGUGCAAGAUCUGCGCACUGUAACACAAGUUUCUUCUCUGUUGAGAGAAAUCGCUGCUCCGCUCUUCUUCCUCAACAGAAACUUCCCAACCUCCCCGAAGGAUUUAUUCCACAUUCGUGUAGACCCGCAGAAUUUUGACGUUCUGGCUACUUGGAGGCGAACGGAUACUUUUCGUCCGCCGCGUAUGGUGUUGAGUUGGCUGGAUUCUGGUUUGCGAUCCUCACAGCUAUCCGCAUUUUCCCACUUCCUCGAAUCCGUCCCCCACAAAUCGAUACGAUAUAUCACACUUCUUUGGAAUUUUGACAUUCUCACAUCCCCGGUUCUCCCACAAAUUGUUGCAUUACUAGAAAGCAUCCGUGCCUCCGGCGUCGAAGAGCUGACGUGCAUGGGUUUUUGCGACGGGACAGUCUCAUCGUCCGUCACCGGCCUUAACCGAAUUCAGCCGUGUGUAGGUGCGAACAACCUGAAAGCCUUUGAAACAUGUUCGCGGGCAUUCUUUUCCCCAAACGUCCUUCCUUUCACAAUUCAAACCAUCCGCCUUUCCCGCAGUUUGGAAAAGCUUCGACUGAGUUCCGUCAAGCUCAGUUCUGCGCAUUGGGAUAAACUCCUGCGCCAUCUUGCGAUUCCAACCCUUGUCGAACUCCGAGUCAGAUGCGGACUUGUCAUCCCGCGACCUGGUAGUCCUUGGAGGGCCAAUCGAAUCACCACUCGUUUGAGUCUUUCUCUGUCUAUGCUAGAUGGACCCCUGUCACAUCUCCUCCCAGUCCUUCGGAGUCAUCGUACGCGACAAAUCUUCGCCUGCCUUCAUAUUUCCUUACAAGCACAUGAUGCAUCGCCCGACUACAUCGCCUCCAUUUUACAAUGUAUUGGCUAUUGCGACAGCAUCGGAUAUCUUGUCCUUUCCUUGCCUAAAAGUCAUCCCAGCAGUAGAGCAAUGAUGUAUUUAUCGGGCGCUCAUUCUAUGGUCAGCAUCAAACACUUAGUGAUUGACUACUCGGAUGGUUUAGUCUCCGGUGCUGCAGGUGAUACCUUGGCGCUAUCUGCGGCAUGGAUUCAAGCUCUUCCUAAAGUCAAGCGUUUUACUUUGCGAGGUUACUCAGCUACUACUGCCGAGGAUCUUGUCAACAUCAUGCGUAGCUUUGCUGCGGGUGAUGUUGAAUUAGGUGUGGAUGUGCAGGUCGCACCAAAAUCAUAA